CUCAGAAGUGUCACCAUGGAUGUGUUGCCAUCGUGUGUUUUUCUCCUUCUCUGCGUGUGCCAUCUGAGCUUUAUGGCAGUAUUGAACCAGCACACAGAGUCAAGGAACCUGUUUGCAGAGAGAGCCUGCUGUAGAAGACAAAGUCACUUCCUCUACAUAGGACAAGAUAUCCUAGGCAGUCCCAUAAACAUGGACGUGGGUAUGUGCAGGACUCACUGCAGCCAGUCGCAGCCAAUUGCCUUUGAGGCCAGGGUGCAGAGCUACUCGAGAACUUCCUCCAUGCUGGACUACCUGAAAGACAGAAAGACGCGACUACUGGGAUCGCCCCAUCGAGAGUCCGCGAGUACCGUGGGAAAUGUGCCGUCAUGCGGCGCGAGCUCAACCUGCGAGCCUACCGGCAUGCGCGUGGACAAAGUUAUGCUUUUUGACGGUGUGCGCGAGGUCGAAGUGAUAGAAGAGUGUCACUGCGAGGCAAAGGUCACGAGGUGCAUCCGCGCGCCCUCGCUCAAGACGUACUUUUAUGAAACCCCGUAUGAGACCGUCGUUGAUGUUGGGAAAUGUGUAGGGUCAAAAGGUGAACUAGAGGGGUUUUCCUGCGUGCCCACUAAAUUUGACUCCACUGUUGUGGACACGCCAAACAAAGUGGAGCUCAUUCAGACCGUGGUGGGGUGUGACGUGAAAGAAGGAUGCUACAGAGUCCCUUACGUGGAAUAUCACUAUGAGAUGUCAUACAACGCCGACGGACUCAGGGAAGAAACCCUGAAGGAAAUAGAUGUGGGGAGAUGUUUGGGAAGCUGCACUUCAGGAAGCCACUGUCUUCUCAGGAGUGCGUCCGGUACAGCCGAGUGUUUGCUGUGGGCAGAAGGCCAAGGGAGCGCGUGCGUCCCGCAAAGCUACGCGAGCCACACGUUUCUGAAUCAGCGUGGCCAAAUCCGCACCGUACUGGCCAUCACGUCGUGCCUCUGCCAGUCCUAGCCACAGCGACCUCUACUGGGAGUGCGCAAUAACUACAGCGAUGUGACGGAGACAUGUCACAUGCUCGUCGAGGACAAAUAUGUCUCUUAUA